AAUUUUCUUGUCUUUCAUCUCUCAAAGACAUUGAUGGACUUUUGUGGCGAACGAGAAGGAAACCAUUCCCAAUGGAUAUUAAAUGUAUUAUACUAAACAUAAAUUGAAAAAUGCUUUAAGUACACUCAUACAUAAAUUAUAAGACAAACGGAACAAUCGAAUAAUGUGAAACGACUGCAAGCGAUCAAUGCAAAACGAUCGUCUAUAUUAUUAAAAACAAAACUAAACUAAACUUAAACAAAUAAAAAGACCUUUAACCACACAAACCAAAGAUUUACCUUAAACUUAAGUUAAUACAAAACAGUUGCCAUCAUGUCUAAACAUAAAGAUAACGAUCAUUUACGCAAUGAUAUCUACGAAAAUCUGCCGUGUCAGGCCAUGUUCAAUGAGUCAGUACGUAAAAUGCAACAGCAAAAAAAUGUACAAACAACCAACUCCAACUCGAAUAAUAUUAACUCGAACAAGGCUUUAUCCCAGCAGUUGCUACUGAACAAUAUAAGUAAUCAAAGUGCUCAUUUGAAUGCCACCAAUUCGAAUGUAAAUGUCAAUUUGAAUGCAAAUUCGAAUUCGACACCGAAUAAUAAACAUCAUCAUAGUAGUAAACAUUUUCCGGUAGGACAUAUGCCAAAGGAAAUGAUCUAUGCCACGCCGCUAAGAAAAUCGGAUCGUUAUAAGAGUGGUGAACGUAGCAGAUUACAGCAACCCUCAGCUCCAUCGGCCAGGGCCCUAAAUGAAGCCAAUGAUGUGAAUGACUUAAAGCUGACCAACAUUAUGGACUACAAACAACUGAACACCCGUGAUAGUAAUCGUUUGAGCAAUAGCAAUCGUAAUGGUAACUCUAUACCGGUUACAGAUUUGGAUGAUGAACCAGACUCCGGCUGUACCUCCAGCAAUAUGUAUACCAAUCAGGGUAUACCUUUGCCUACAACUAGCGGUGGCAGUGGGAUUUCUAUUAGCCACCAGUUGGAGGAUCGGCGCAUAUUGAAUUUCCUUAAAGACACAACACAGCUUCACAAGAAAAUGGAAAUGUCUGGUAAGGAUUGUCCAAACUCGAGCUUCUCCAAUUUGGCCAGGGAAGAACAUUUUGCUAAUUUAGUGCAACAAAAUUUUCCGGUGGAAUUGUCUCGACGUAGUGUCGAUCCAGAAGAUGAAAUGGAAGCAGCUCUGGAGGGAGCAGGCAAUAUGGAACGUAAUCCCGAGGAAACAUCCGAUAACUUGGAAGUUUUAAUGCAAAAAAAAAUUUCACCCGAUAAAGAGGUCAAUGGUUUUGUAGCAAAUGGCCAUCAACAAAUGGUACAUCAUCAUCAUUAUCCACCACAUCAACGCUAUGAAGCCAAAGUUUAUAUAAAUCGUGAAUGGGUAUUAAAAAAGAUUGCCAUGUGUUUGGAACAACGUACAGCUGGCAAAAAGUCUAUGCCCGGUCUUCUGGGAGCUGUUGGCAGUAGUAAGCAUGAGCCAUUUGCUGGAUCCUCACAAUUUAUGUCGGCCCGGGCUAAGGCUUCAGCCAUAUCCUCUUCAACCUAUAAUGGUUGCUUAGUGCUGGGUUCCAAUGGCUCUGGCAAAACUUCCAUCUGCCAAGCAAUACUAAAUGGCAAUUCUGGCACCAAGGGCAUAUUGAAUCGGAAAUUGUUGGCUUGUUACUUAAUUGAAUCACAAAAUCCCGAAUGUCAUAGUUUAUCGUUGUUUAUACGCAAAUUAGUGUUGCAAAUAUUAAGUCACUCUUCACUCAUUACCAAAGACGAAUCUCAGCGUAUUAUCGAUGAGGGCUUCUCAUUCCUACAGGAUGAGGUUCAACAACAAGAAUCCAAACUGGAUGAAGCUAUGAAUAAUAUUUCUCUCGAUGAAAACGCUGAAGAUAUUCUAAUAGAAGAGCUGAAGAAAGAAGCUAAAGAAUGUGAUUUUACCGAAUUCGAUCAUUUACAAGAGCGCCGUACUUCCACCAACAAAAAGUCAGAAAAUUUACAACUCUUACGGCAGAAAUCAGAGCCAGCACCAGAACAAUAUUUCGAUGAAUCCGAAGUGCAUGAACAACAAAACUAUGGCACUCAUCCUCCCAAGGGGGCUAAAAAUAAGUCUAAAGCAGAUUAUGAGGAGAAUAAAGAUAACGAUACGGAAAAAUUUAGGAAAAGGGAUGAAGAGCAUUCAUGUUCAUCCUCUAGUAAAACUAGUCCUGGUAAGAAAUCCAAAAUUCCCGUUAAACUAACAAGACCCGGUGCCGUAGCUUCUCCCGUUAAGCAUGUGAACUCAACAGCAAACAGUUCGUCAACAGUACCUCAGCAAGGGGGAGGAGAAGAUAUUGCUGUGGUGAUUAGUGAAGAUCUUAAGCAGGAAAUUCAAGCGGCCAUAGAUGCUGAUGAUAACAAUGAAGAUUUAAAAUCUGAUAAAGAUGAAAAACAGGACAACGAAGAUAAGCCGGAAGCUGAUAAAGAUUUUGAAGAACUUACUAGAUUAAAUCAACAGAAAAAAGAGACAACGACUAAGGAGUGUAAGGAAAAAGAAGAAGACAACGAGCGCGAGGAGCAGAGAUUAAAGGAGGACAAACUAGAAGAUAGCUAUAUUGACAACAAUCUAAUUGAUUUUGAUUUAUCCGUUAAUGGCAAGUCAACGGAAAUAACUUUACCUAUGGAUGAAGAAGAACCUAUGUCCUUAAACACUCUACCUCCACCCUUGCCGAAGACUAAAAGUUGCCGCACUAUUAUAGCUGAUGGUUACUAUGAAAUGUUACUCUCUAAUCCCGAAAUAUUUGAAUGUUUGACUGUCGAUAACAUAGAAAAGAAUCCGGAUGAAUGUUUCAAGAAGGCUUUGCUAUUUCCUCUCUUGGAGUUAACACCACCUAAGACAGCUCUAUUACUGCUAAUCGAUUCCAUCGAUGAAAACUACAUCAAUGAGGGCAACUUAAUUUCUACUUUAAAGGGAGGCCGUGGCAAUGCCACCACCCACAAAAGUCGUAAUGUAGCCGAAUUAUUAUCGAAUCAUAUACACCUCUUUCCGAAAUGGUUGUUCUUGGUGUGCACUACCAAGAAACAAACGAAACAAAUUACCAAGAUGUUUACCGGCUUUAAGAAAAUCACUUUGGAUGAUUUGCGCAAAUCGCAUGUGGUCAAAGAUGUGCAGGAAUAUAUUAUCAAUAGAUUGAACUCUGAUUUUAAAGACAGUAUUAUGUUGACCAAGGAAAUAAUUGAAUCCCUACAUCAACUAUACAUCAAAUCGAAUGGUUGCAUUCUUUACUUGGAAAAAGUAUUGAAUGGCAUUAAAGAGAGCUUUUUUAGUUUUCGAGAGAUCAAAUUAAUACCCUGUACUCUGAAUGGAUUGUAUUUGUACAUAUGCCAGAAAUCUUUCAAUAAAAAACAAUACAUGAAAAUAAGACCAGUUCUAAAUGUGCUGUUGGCCUCCUCCGGUUAUGUGGACAAACUGUUCUUGUUCAAUUGCUUAAGAACACACAACUAUACCAUUGACAAUGAGGAGUUUGAGAAACGUUUAUUAUUAAUGAAGAAUAUUCUAUUGUAUGACAAUGACCAGCAAAGACUGAAGAUAUUCCACAAUUCAUUUUCCGAUUGGUUGGUAGAUGUUAAAUUUGCCACUAAGAAAUUCAUAUGCGAUGUCAACGAAGGUCACGUUAUGAUCUCCAUGUAUUAUUUGCUAGUGGCUGAUACUCUGUGCGCAAACACAGUGAGAAAAUUUAUCUAUCAUCUCAUUAAGUCUGGAGAGUAUUUAACCAACCGUAAUAUUGACUUGGAUUUGAUACUAAUGCUGUUGGAAUCGCGUCUCAAUUUGAAUGACUGUUUCUAUACUAAUCAUUUGAACUGUUGUUCUCAGUGUGAAAUGGAUUUUAAAAAUGAUCCCAACUUUUUACCUAAAACCCGCAAUAUGAUUGAAAAGUUUUUGAACAACGAAUUGGGUGACGAAUUCACACAAAUGUUGUGUGAUUUCUUUAAACCCAGCUUACCAACAGAUGGUAAAAUUUUAAAGCUGCUCAUCGAAACGGGCAUUAAUAACGCAGAUUCACAAACAUCGUGUGAAUCCUCAUUAAUGUCGCCCGAGCUGUCAGAAAAGUCCCAAAACAUAGACUUUGAAUUAGCAGACCUGUUGAUAUCCAGUGAAAAGUCAUGUAUUUUGGAGACCCAACGACCUACCAGUCCUUCGGAGAAAAGUGAGCCUCAUCAUGAGAGUCAGGAUGACAAUGCAUCAUCUACUCUGCAUCAACUCUCAGAUUCCAAUCGGUUGGAGUUGCAUAAGGGCAAGGCCUUGAUACAUAUCUUGGCUAAUGAUGGCAAUCAUUUGCUACUAGAACGAGCUUUAAAUGCUUGUAAAGGUCCAAUUGAUUUAGAAAUCGAGGACUACAAUGGCCAGACGGCCUUAAAUAUAGCCUCACGUAAUGGUCAUUUGGAUGUGGUUAAGCUGUUACUAAACUUCUCUCAACCUUGUAAUGAUGGCACUGGACGCAUGAAACGUGUCGAUGUAAAUCAUGCAGAUCGCGAUGGUUGGACUCCUUUAAGAUCAGCCUCUUGGGGAGGACAUACUGAGGUUGUUAAAUUGCUUAUAGCUCAUCCAGCAUGUAAAAUCGAUUUGGCCGACAAAGAAGGACGCACUGCUUUAAGAGCAGCUGCUUGGAGUGGUCAUGAGGAUAUUUUGAAAAUACUCAUAGAACAUGGGGCCGAUGUCAAUUCUGUUGAUCGCCAGGGACGUACCUCUCUAAUAGCUGCCUCCUACAUGGGUCAUUAUGAUAUUGUGGAGAUACUGUUGGAAAAUGGAGCAAACGUUAAUCAUCUUGAUUUGGACGGCCGCAGCGCUUUAUGUGUGGCUGCUCUAUGCGGUUCCUCGGGUUACAGCAAGGUCAUAUCAACUCUGUUGGAACAUGGUGCUAAUACCGAUCAGCUGGACAACGAUGGAAUGUCUCCUUUGUUGGUCAGUUCAUUUGAAGGAAAUGCUGAGGUUUGUGAACUACUACUCGAAAAUGGUGCUGAUCCUGAUUUAGCUGACUUUAUGGGCAGAACACCCUUAUGGGCUGCUUGUACUGCCGGUCACGCCAAUGUUGUUAAGCUUUUGCUCUUCUGGGGUUGUGGCAUAGACUGCAUGGACUCUGAAGGUCGUACUGUGCUCAGUAUUGCUGCUGCUCAGGGUAAUAUAGAAACUGUGCGCCAGCUUUUAGAUCGCGGUCUGGAUGAGACUCAUCGUGACAAUGCAGGCUGGACACCACUGCAUUAUGCCGCCUUCGAAGGCUUCCAUGAAGUUUGCCUUCAGUUACUAGAAUCAGGUGCAAAAAUCGAUGAAUGUGAUAACGAGGGUAAGACAGCAUUACAUUUGGCCGCUCAAGAAGGUAGAACAAAAUGUGUUCAAGUAUUACUUGAAUGCCAUGCAACAUUUGUCGAUCAAAAGGCACACGACGGUAAAACGGCUUUCCGUUUGGCUUGUCUGGAAGGACAUUUGGAGACCGUACAAUAUCUGUUGAAAUAUAAUUGCGACGUUAAUGCUAAGGAUGCCGAUUCUCGUACAACAUUGUAUAUUCUGGCUUUGGAAAAUAAAUUGGAAAUGGUUAAAUACUUGUUGGAGUUCACUGAUGUUGAUGUCAAUAUAAGCGAUAGUGAGGGACGAACCGCAUUACAUGUAGCUGCCUGGCAGGGUCAUGCUGAUAUGGUGAAAAUGUUGAUAACAUUGGGUAAUGCUGAUGUUAAUGCUAUGGAUUUGGAGGCUCGCACGCCAUUACAUUCUUGCGCUUGGCAGGGAAAUCAUGAUGUGAUGAAUAUUUUACUCUACUUUGGAGCUUUGGCAGAUCAUGCCUGCAAACAAGGAGCCACAGCUUUGGGCAUAUCAGCUCAAGAGGGUCAUGAGAAGUGUGUCAUAGCAUUGUUGAAAUACGGUGCCAAUCCCUAUAAAUCGGAUCAUUGUGGCCGCACACCCAUCAAAUUGGCAGCCAAAUCGAAUCGCACAAAUAUCUUAAAGAUUUUUGAUAACUAUACCAAAAAUGAAUCUAACAAUCCCUUGGAGGGCAAAUUUCAUCAUGCGAAUAUGUUACGUUCACCUGAUCAGCCACCAUCUAUACCCGCUCAUGCAAAUUUAGGUAUAGGCAGUUUAACAUCAUCACCAUUCCCACCACAUGCCUCAGCGUCAUCUGUUUGUUCGGCCGCCACCACGGCCACUGUUAAUAAUAAUAUGGCAGCACCCAGUAUACUAAAUGCCUCAAGUUCAACACACAGUUCAAAUAAUUUCUAUCAGAAUACAAUGCAAUCGGACACCAGCAGUUUACACAAACGUAAAAGUGUUAUAUCUAGUCAAUCCACAGGCAGUAGUAAUGAUGCGCCUCUUACAUUUACACAGCAAUUGCAACGUCAAACCAAACUAAGCUCUCGCAACAAUCCAUUUGUGCAAAACUCUCCCAUGGUCAAUGCAAAACACAAUUCUGCAUCAUCUUCAUCAUUGGCUCACAAAAAUUCUGCUCACCAAAGGCAUUCACAAAUCCUACCCGAUCUCAAUGAACAUCAAAUGGCUGCUCAUAUGGCCAGUAAUGAGGCUGAUAUUUAUGAUAUGGAAUGCAUGUCACCUUUAUAUGCUACACCACCCCACUCUCCCAGCAGUGAGUUAAGUUCACCCGGCCAAUUGCCCUCUAUCAAUAAUAUAGAUGAUUGUGCUGGUGCCUCGGGUCUGAAUGGCAGUAGCGGUGCCAGUUGCUCGGGUAUCAAAUCGGCAUUACCCGAUAAUCAUUUUGCCCGUGAUACUCAUAUGCGUAUAAUUUUGGGCAAUCUUAAGGAAAAUCAAGCCAGUUCAUCAAGCAAAAGCAAACGUAGUGGCAUAACCACAAAUCCAGCAAUGCGUCUAAUACGCAGCCGAUUCGAUUCCGCUGCCCAGCUAAUAAGACGUACGAAUAAUAUCCUCUCUAGCAGUGGUCAGGGUUCAUCAAGUAUUGGAGUCAAAUCUGGAACUUUCCAGUGGCGCAAAGAAAGUCAAAUGUAAAUUAUAAAAAAUUUAAACAAAAAAUGUUAUAAAAAAUUAAAAUAAAAAAAAUAUACAUUUAAUUAAUAUUAAUUUAAAAAAUAAAAAUAAAGAAAAUUAUGUAAUUUGUUAAAUUUUUUGUUUAUUUAUGAUUUUUAAGUAUUUGAUUUUGUGAUAGUUUAUUUUAAGUUUAUUCAAUAUUAUUUAAAUUAUUUAACAAAAAAAAAACCCACAUAGAAUUAUAUAAAGAAAACAAAGUAGAAGAGACCUUAAAUGAAAAAUAUUGCAAAAAUAUAUUUAAAAAAAUAGAAUAUUAAACAUUAAACACCAACACAUACACAUACACAAGUAAUUUAUUAACAAACAAUUUAUGUAGAAUUGAAAUUUAAAAAAACAUGGAUACGAAAAUUAAUUUUCCGUAGUAAAUUGAUCGAAUAGGAAAGUACACUGCAGGAAAUUAAUAUUUAAAAUGAGGAAGUAAAAAAUAUACACGAUUAAACCUAUAAAAGGAACAAUUAAAGAACAACUUGAAAUAAAAAUAAAAGCAAUAUUUGCAAUUAUUAAAUUACAUAAAAAGAAAAUAAAAAUUAAUUAAAUUAAGUUCAAUUAUUUAGAAAUGUUUUUCUCUCUUUAGUUUUCUUAUCUUCAAAGUAGUUUUAAUAUACAAUACAUAAAUAAAUCUAAUUUUAAUAAUAAAAAUUUUAGUUGAAAAAUAAAACGACAUUCUCUCAAGAAACAUACAAAUAUUAAAUUUCCUUAAGAAUUAAAAACAAAUUUAAAAUUAAUAUUGUUUUUUAGUUUAACAAAAAAACAAAAUGUACUGACACUUAUUAUUACUAUUUAACACAUUAAAACAAAAAAUAAAACACAUCCAUACAUACAAAAACAUGAUAUGAAAAACAUUUAAAAUACAUACAUACAUCCAUACUUAAAAAUUUAAUAAUUUAAUCUAAACAAGAUAAAAACAAAAAACAAAACAAUUUUUAAUAAAUUAUUUUCAAUUUUUGUGAACAAAUAAA